AUGGCAAAGCUGGACAACGGCUGGAACUUGCAUCCUGCUCCUCAGGCCACACCAGGACAGCGAGGUGACCGUUUGGUGUGGAUCGACGAAGACAUUGCCGAGUGCCGUUACGGGUCAACCGCGGUGGCAGAAGCCAUUCGGUUAUUGAAGGGCGUGGCCGCUGCGUUAAAUCCAGCUCUGACAAGCUAUCACUGGAGCAGCAACUCAGCUGGACAUCCAGCGCAUGCGUUACGACCACGGUUGCCAGCAACGGACGAGGCAGUACUCACCGUGUCUCCAAAGGCCCAGCUGGCCUGCUAUCCCGGCGAUGGUACCCACUAUGUCUGCCACCAGGACAACAAGUUCAGGCCGAGCCACGGCACCCGCCUGAACUCGAGGGAGCUCACCGCCAUUUUGUACGGCAACCCUGCCGACUGGGACAUUUGCAAAGCGGACAUUGAGCUGCCAGAAAUGCGCCGUGCGAUAGAUGAAGAUCCGAGAUCGAGCACGCACAAGAUUGUGGUCAUCAUCACCCAGCACCGCGGCGACGCUCACGCAGUGCGUCACGGUCCCACUCACGAGAUCGCCGCAGAGAAGAGCGGGGUGGUCAUUGGCAACCCUGCGGAGACCGAACCACCUACGUACGAAAUUGAGCAAGUAGGCAAGAAGCACAAUGGCGACCCGACUUAUCAGGCGGUGCUGAACAUCAAGGGCCAUGGAGGGAGAAUCCGAUCCUUACGAGCUCCACCCAGGGCAAACCAGGAUGAUGCACGGGACGAUGGAGAGGAGAUGAAAGACUGCUUCAUGAAGGACGGGAUGCCCGGCCUGCGGGAACUUCAGCAGAAACAGCGGCGCAGCCGGAUCAGCCCUGGCCUCAGAGACUUGCAUGGAGCUGACCAGCCGAACGCAUACAAGGAGCUGCCCUCAGUUUCUACCCAGCUCAGAGAAUUGUGCGUUGCAGAAUGUUGGAAAACAAAGGCUGUGGCAAUCGCUGGGGAAGUCUCAAGCGAGGUCAUCGAAUUCUCGGUAGCGCACGAGCUGCUUGCUAGCAAUCUCGCCGGUGAAGAUGCGCUGUCAGUGGCUGCCUCAACAGCAUGGUCUGUUGUCGAAGGAAUGCGGUUUUACAACUACAACAUGGCCAACAGUUCUUCGCUCCUCAGCACUGUUGGCAUGAAGGGAGCGGGCAGCAGAACGCGGUUCGAAGGUUUGCACCAGCUUCAGGGCAGCGAUGGUCAAGACUUUGAACGCUGGGUCCAGGAGCCCCUGGCAGAUGGGGGACCAGUGGAUCUCGUUUUCGCGACGCUGUCCGAGACAAGGCUGCAGUUGGGGCCGUGGGUUCGUGACUACCGGACUCGCUCCUCAUCCUCGCAAUGCUUGGAUGUAGCGACAUACCAGAAUUCCUUAAAGGAAGCCGACAAGAAAAACGAGCUGCCCUGGACGAGCGUGUUGAACGGAAUGGCCGAGAAGUACAACGGCAAUCUUAAGACCUUGCUACUGUUUUCCAGAUCUCGCUUCAGAAGGGAUCCCGACUCACUACCUCUUUUCGGGAGGCUGCCAGACAAGCGAGUCGCUGGCAUGGCCUUGCCCAAUCCCAAGAAGGCGUUCAUGGGCCGCAGCUUGCUAUCUCGUCGCGAGGAGCUCCACUUCUGCUUUGCAGGUGCACAUUUUCCUAUUAGUGAGAUAGCGGCUGUGCUGGAAGAUGCGAAGAAGGACAGCCUGGAAGAGGCAAAGACCCUCAUGGCAAGGAUACUGCGAAAAGUGCUACGAAAAGCACACCGCAUGGGUCUUCUGGAUGAUGGCACUCUUCUCAUCCUACAAGGUGACCUGAACAGCCGAACUGUGCUUCGUUCCGCGGGGCAACUGGACGUGCUGAGCGAGGUGCUGGCAGACAAGAACAUGCAGGCAGCAAUCCAAGCUGGGUUGCCAUUCUUGGACGGGGAAUGGCUUGAACCGGCAAACUCUGAUCCGACAGAGCUGCCCGUCACCUACAAGUUUUCGUGCGAAGUCGGCGGGACCUUCCUGAGGGGGGAAAGAUCACUGACUCUGAAAACUGUGCUCGACGCUACAAGCCCCGCGGAGCUGAGCCCCAAGAGCCCCAGCUUUGAGCGCUACCACGCGACGCUGAGCAGCUUGCCACCGGAGCAGCUGAAGGAUUGGGGUUUGGACUUCAAGGAGAACAGCUUCCGGCCUUUCCGCUUUCCAGCUUCAGCUGAUCGCUUGCUUGCGUGGGCCCCCAGGAAGCUUGCAAGGCGGCUGCGGUGGCAUUUUCCUAAAGGAGGCUACGAGGUGAUCCAUACCCAGGGAGGUAGCGACCACCGUCCUGUGGCACUUGAGGCAACCCUGACAGUGGCGGCCUCCAUGCCGGAGGAUGUGGAGGCUUUUCCAAAGCCAUCUGCGCAGCUGAUCGAGGAAGUUGGCCAAGACGAUGCUGAAGAUAGCGAUUCCGGUGAUUCUCCGGGGCUGCUGGGCUCGCUGGCGUCGCGGACAGGCGUGGGCGCCAGCUGGUUUCGACACUCUGCGAGCCUCCGCCGCAAGAAUUUCAAGCAUGCUGCGAAACUCAAGCAACGAGCGGUUACAUCCGGUGAGCAGCGCGACACCUGGAGGCAGGCUUGCCAGGAUUCCUCGCAUCAGCUCCAGUCACUCCGUGCAAACACCAUGCUGGGCCAAAGUAAAGGGGCGGCACCGCGGAUGGCAACCGGCGGUUACACAGAGCAGGCUGAAAUUCGAGUGCACACAUGUAAGUUCUUGUUCCCAGUCACUUUGUCUGUACUGCACGAGGAUGAAGCACCUGCCGUUGGACAGAAGGCUCAGCUCUCAGGAAGUGAGCGUCGUACAGCACACCGUAUGACACCGUCAUUGCAGGUCUCGGUGGCCGGCUACCCGGCCAUCGUGCGAUUCGUGGGCUCUGCGCACUUUGCUCCCGGCGAAUGGAUUGGCGUGGAGCUGGAGCCUGGCCAACCCGCCACGCGUUGCGAGCGCGAACAUGCGUAUUUCACCUGCAAGCCGAAUCAUGGCCUCUUCGUGCGGCGCAGUGUCGUGCAGAGAUUACCGAGCGGAGAUGCACCGAGCACGGGCAAGGCAAGAGUUCUCUUCGCAGGAGCUGGCCCCGAGAUCUGCGAGCCGCCAGUGAGCGGGCAUGCUGAAGGAGACGACUCACAAAGUGAUGACGAUGUGGAUGAGGUGGCAAUGGUACCCACGCAAACCAUGCGUCGGAAAGGUGUGUCUGCGGAAGCUCGUGGUCUGGAGGACGAUUGGGCGCCACCCGUCCACGAGAAGAGUCCCGCAGAAAAGCAGCAGCUCAAAGAUGUCAUUGACCGUUCCCAUGACAGCAAGCUGCGGAUGAUGUUUGGAAAUCUUUCUGCUAAAGGUUUGGAGCGGGUCAUUGAGGCCAUGUUCAAAAAGUCCUUGAAAAAGGGCGAGACAAUCAUCAGGUUUGGCGAUGAAGGAGACAACUUUUACAUUGUGAAACAUGGCAAGUUCAACAUUUUUGCGUACCGGCGCAUUCAGCAGGCUGAUGCAGAGGCUGAAAGCUCGGCCGAGUUUGUGAAAGUCUUUGAAGCCGGGCCUGGCUUCGCCUUCGGCGAGGCAGCCUUGCUGUACAAUGCCCCUAGAUCCGCAACGAUUACAGCCAGCGAGGACUCUGAAGUUUGGUGCCUGGAGCGGAAAGCUUUCCGGGAGCUUGUCAUCAGGGCUUCUGAGCAGAAGUUCAAGGAGUAUUCGGAAUUCUUGAAGCGAUGCGAUGUGCUGCAAGAGUUGGAUGCGGAGCAAAUUGCAACUUUGGCAGAGGUCGUGGACGAGGAGGACUUUAGCAGCGAGGAGGUCAUCAUUCAGCAGGGUGGUCGCGACAGCAACAUGUUCAUCACGUUGAACGGUCAAGCUGUGGCCUGCAUCUCUGGAGACAAGGGGGAAGUGCAGGUGAAAACCUACAACCGGGGUGAUUUCUUUGGAGAAAUCGCCCUGUUGCUUGGCGAACCGAGGAAGGCCAGCGUCUACGCCAAAGGAAAUGUAACCUGUCUUGUAAUCACAAAGCAAGUGUUCGAUCGAGUAUUGGGCCCUCUCAGAGACUUCUUGAAGAAGAAUCUGGCAAAGUAUGCCCGGUACCAGGACGCUAUUGAGCAAGGCGGGGAAAUGCGAGACGCGCGGCCGAGCGAAGAACCGCAGCAAGCAGAGAUGGAGCGUGAGGCGGAGCUUGAAGCCCGCAAAAACCAAAGUGCAGAGGAGGGUGAAGCACGCCCUGCACGGAGAAGAUUGCUGAGGAAGGCGGACCGCGCGAACACCGUGUACAACGUGAAAAUCAAGUUGCCUGUCGACCUCGACAUUGACGAGGAUGAGGAACCAGCUUCGGCAGAGUCUGGCGAGGCUACGGCUCCAGCGGCCGAAGCUGAGCAGGGUGAGUCCAAGCCAGAGGUGCAGGAAACUCGUGCACGUCAUGCUCGAGGCGAGGAGAAGAAGCAGACACUUGCCGAACGCCUGGAAGAGGAUUGGAAGAAGCCUCAGCUCGUGUCUCCAACCGAAGGCUUGACAGUUGCGAAAAGCAAGUUCACGGCCUUUGGUGGGCUGCGCAAAGGCGAAAAGUUCACGAUGGACAAAGCCGUCAUCGUUCGAAGCCAGGCGCGUGCUCAGAAAGAUGGUGACGAGGAGACUUACCGUUGGUCCGGGCCAAGCUGGCUGAAGGGGCAAAUCCACGCUGCCGUCUUUUGCCAGAAGGGCCAGAAGUCCGCCGCGGACCCAACGCCGAAUCAGGACAAUUACUUCGCACUUCAUGUUGGCAGCAUUGGAUUGUAUGGCGUUUGUGAUGGGCAUGGCCCAUUCGGACACCUCGUCUCCUUCCGGCUUGUGCAGGCGUUACCACAUUACAUUACGACCAACCCGAACUGGGGUGAGGACUGGGCCACCUGUUUGAAGGAGGCCUUCCUCGCAUCCCAGGCAGAUCUCCUCAGGCUUGCAGCCUCAGAAGGCAUCAACCUCGAAGCUUCGGGUGCAGCCGGGACAGUGCUGGUCUUCGAGGGUCCGUGCAUCCACGUCGCUCACAUUGGCGAUGCAGGAUGCCUUGUAGCUUCCUGGAGCCGGCACGAUUCUCGGAUCCUGCACGGUACCGAGGAUCACAAACCCAACAACCCAGAAGAACGGCAGCGGCUAGAGGCAGCUGGAAGCGAAGUCCGACAGGUGGAUGUUGACAGCUUCAGGAUUUACAUCAGAGGCACGAACUUCCCUGGGCUGACGAUGUCACGUGCAUUCGGCGACACCGCGUGCGCAGGUGUGCUUCAGGAGCCGCACUAUGAGCGAAUGUUCAUCCAGCCGUCAGAUGAGGUGUAUGCUGUUCUCGCCUCCGAUGGCAUUUGGGAGUUCAUUGACUAUGCCAAAGCCGUCGACCUUACGUCCAAGAAGCUUCGCUUGAAAGGUCCCAGGGAGGCGGCUCGUCACCUUGUCGAUGCAAGUCGGUUGGAGACUUACUGCCAAGAGCAUCCCUCACGCUUUGAAUACCUUUUGUCCAGACAAGCAAACUCGUUACCGAGAAGCUUCCACAUGGACAUGCGCAACGCGUAG